AUGUCCGAAGUUCACGGCAUGAAGGACAGAGGCAUUCCUCUGCGGGUCGAAGGCGGCACGCGAUACGUCAAAGGAGCAACGAAGUACACAACUGUUAGUGACGUCAUCAAAAUGGUGCUUAAGAAAACUGGAAUAGGGAAGGAAUAUCGCCAUCUUUUCGCCAUUUUCGAAAUUUCUCUGCAUGGCGAGACCAUGGUACCAUACAAGCAGAGAAUACUAAAACUGAUCGAGUCGUGGCACGGUGGCCCAAACAAAUUGGCAAUGAGAAGAGUAGAUCCUAUGGCAACGGUCACCGGGAGCGACACGGACUCAUACCCGUCAAGGAAACUGGACAUGAUUAGAAAGAAAUCUGACAAUAAACCACGUGUAGAAAAGGAAGAGGAUACGUACAUGAAAACACUAGUUUCUUUGGCAAACUUCGUAGAGAAAGAGAAAGAAAGGUUGAAUGGAAAUGGUGAUCACACUGUUGGAUCCGGCAACAGUUCCGAGAGUGACAGCAGUUUGGGGGAUAUGGGGUCAAUCCUCGAUCAGUCGAAAAUUGCUGGUAUUGUUCACUUCUUUUCUGCUAUGGCUCGAGCAAAACCAAAGAAAGAACGACUUCAACGAGAUGCUGAAGGACAUGACAAGGCCUCUAGAAAUCGAAGACCAAACAGAGAAAAGUCAAGGCAACCGGCAAAGCAGAACAGAAUGCGAACAAACCAAGCUCAUUUGCCAAGAGGUUUAUGGAAAGAUGUACACCCUAAUAAAAUGUACAAAAUAGAGAGAGUAAAUUUUGGAUUUAUUGAUGUAGAGCCGAGCUCAAGGGACCGAGUGUACCAUGAGAGACAAGUGCAAACUCAGGGCGUUGAACUACCAACGCCCAGAGCAAGAGUGCAGAGAACAAAGGUUUUUAGGGCUCGACGAAGACUUCUUUCAAGUAGCAGGUCAGUAUGUGCAGUUGACAGUCUUCAUCCCUUAAAACCGCUUCCAGCUCAAAAGAACUCUAUGCCUGACCAGUGUGUGAGCGGGUGUUCCCCACCAAGCUAUGACCAAAAUCUAUGUCUCAGCAGAUCUUACAACAACAUGAGCGAUAUGUCAUCAGUCUCGUCCUCUUCCUCCGACUUUGACAACGCCUUUGUGGUCAACGACACAGACCUGGGAAUUAUUUCCUGCAGAAGAAAUACUAUUACAGCUAGGCCGUUGUUUACAGAACAUGGAAGCAUGCAUGAAGCACCCAAACUUGUGGAUUACACGGUUUCUGAAGAAGAGGCCAGUGAUAUUGACAGUGACCUUGGCAGCGCCGGAUCAAAAUUCAGUUUCUACAGUGGUUCAAGCGGAAGCAGCAUCGGGAGCUGCUGCCAGGGGGUUGAGAACAGCAUGAAGUACAGUCAAAGAGUCCACAGUGCGUAUGCGCGGAAGGAAGUAGAUGUCACGCCGCACAUGCGUGGAGAGGAGAAUUUGGACAUAUCUGAUUACAUAAGAUCAGUGUUCACAAAACAGUGCAGCGUGAAUGAGGAUGAGGAGAUGGACAGUUUCAUGAAGUCCGUCCUGCACGAUUCAUCCAUGGAUGAGGGGAUGAGCUCCAUGGACAAUGGGAGCGAUACAGAGUUCGUUCAUUGA